AUGAUGAUGCACGCGAGGUACUUCUGUGGGAGAAAGCCGGAGUACCCGGAUAAAACAUACGUUUGUGGACGACUGGUACGACAGCAGAAUCCUAUUCAGGUUGCCCAGAUGGAAGUCGAUAAAACCCAAUCUGCCACUGCCCAUGACGUAGGGAAGUUACAUGACGAUCUGUUCAGGGACUACCGGAAGUCAGUGAGACCCGUUCGGAACCAAGAGGAUGCUGUCAUUCUGAACAUUUCGUUUUUCAUCAUUAUGAUACAUGAUCUGGAUUUGAAAAACCAGGUGCUAACAACAAAUGCCUGGCUAAGAAUAACCUGGCAUGACGAGUUUUUACACUGGAAUAAGACAAAGUACGGGGGUCUUGCUGAAAUACUGGUAUCAAGAAACGAGGUCUGGACCCCGGACCUUCUAGUCGAGAAUACGGCGUUUGGAUACCAUCCCUUAGGCAUAGACCAGAUGUUGAUCAGCCUUGACUCUGCAGGAACCUUAAUUUGGGAACCCGGAAUCGUGAUGCAAACUAUAUGCGAGGUCAAUAUAGCAAAAUAUCCGUUUGACAGUCAGAACUGUGCAAUACGUGUGAUGUCUUGGAUGCACACUAACAAGUCAAUGAUAGUUGUAGUGGAGAAACACAACGUGGACAUAACUGGUUAUUACCCUAAUGGAGAAUGGGACCUGUUUACUACUUCUGUGAAGGCGUAUUCCCCUGAGGACGGAUCUUACAACAGCGGUGAAAUACUUCCAGGGGCGGAAGCCAUCUUGGAGCUAAGACGACGUCCCGUGUAUUACAUUAUAUCCACAAUUCUUCCAAUCUCGAUGCUGUCGCUGUUGAACGUUUUGGUGUUUAUGCUGCCUAUGAAUACAGGAGAGAAGAUGACACUUGCCGUCACAGUAUUACUGUCAUUUACGGUUUUCAUGAGUGUUGUAAAUGACGUCAUGCCGAAAACGUCAAACAGUAUAUCCAUCUUAGCUGUGUACCUUACCAUCCUGCUGACUUUGAGUGGACUGUCUGUGGCAUCAACAGUUAUGGUUCUUCAUUUCCACCAUCGAGAGAGGAGGUUGAAAACCCAUCACGUCACAGAAAGGGUCGAUGACGUAGUACACAACAGUCGACUGUACAAGGUGUGCCGCCCUAGUGCAAAUAACAAUCGUAGAAAAUCUACACAAAUAACGAAGAACGGUCUCAGACCAUCGACAGAGAAACUGUUGCAGGAUUACAUGGAGAUUGAUGACUCAGAGGCCAAUCCAGUUCCAGAGAACUGCUGUACAAACUGUGUGUCUAAACUGUCGAAAUGGCGGUGUUGUACGAGAAGUAGAAAGCCAUCUAAGUAUUUAGGGAAAGAAUUCGCGCAAAAACUAGAUAAUGUCCUGUUUUGUAUCGUUACUAUCCUAACAGUGCUUUCAACCGUUAUAGCCAUGAUAUUAUUAAUAUACUGGUGAUUCUGUUGAAUAAUUUGAAAAUAAGCACCAGACAGAUUCAGUUAUCUGAUGUUACUGUUUCAGCAGUUUGCGUGCGCAUCGGUUAUGAUUUGAUCAACUUCCGGUGAUAUAAGUUCCCAUUGUGUGGGACCAUGUUAUCUGCUUUCUGACCGAACA